GCUCGAUUUGAACGAAACCCCACUCACUCCCUUCUCCCCGAGAAGAAGCUGAGGGUGGUAAUGGCGACGGGUUUACGGCGGAUCACCGGUGUGGCUUAUGUUGUGAGGAGAAAGGGUAGGUGGUGGUAUGCUGUGAGUGUGCAAAACAUUUUCAAGUAGAGUGUUUUAGGCGGAGACUAGGGGGAAGGGAGUGGACGUGCUCCGAGUGUUUGAUGGAAUGCAACAGAGAGAAGAGGUUGCGACGAACUGUAUCCGCUACUAGUGGUGGCGAUUUAGGGCUUGUGGACAUGAAUGUCUCUCCACCGCGUGAGGUUGAAGGUGAUGACGCAGGGUUUUGGGUAAAUUCGGAGUUAGCCUUCACAAACAGUGCCCCCAAAAUGCAGGAUACGUAUUGCAAUCCCUUCACUAACUUUACUUUAACUUCUUGCAACAACACUCAUAGUCUUAGAGAUGUUGCAAAUGGAUUUCCAUGUGCAACCACUUCCUACAGUACAAGUACAAUACAAACUGCACGCAUGAAUCUUGAUAUUGCAACACAGAAUGACAAUUUAGCUUAUUUGAAAGCACUUAAAGACUACAUAUCUGAACACAGAGGUGUAUUGGAAGAUGGUUGGUGUGUUAAAUUUGAAUACUCAGAGACUACUUGCAAAACCUCUCCUUUUUACUGUUCCCCAGAUGGAAUUAGAUACGAUUCCAUGCCACAAGUUGCUCAUCAUCUUGGUUUGCUUUCAACUUCCAAUUCCAUUGACACAAAAAUUGAUAACAGAGUGGAGGGUGGAUCAAGGUCACUCAGUAAUGGUGGAAAUGCAGUUGAAGUUGUCCCAAUGGAGAAUGGUGGUUACAAUGGAUCAGAUCAUUCAGUAUCAUUUCCAGUUCAAUUUGAAGACUUGUUUGUUAUAUCAGUUGGAAAAGUCAACCCAAGGCGUCCAUUCCACAACACUCAUCAAAUCUGGCCAAUUGGUUACAAAUCCAUCUGGCAUGAUAAGCUUACAGGCUCCAUUUUUGUAUGUAAUGUUCUAGAAGGUGAUGAUUUUGGCCCAAUCUUUAGAGUAAAUCGUCAUCCAUGCUCAAAGCAAUCACUCCCCAAUGCUUCAACAGUAAUCUACAAAAAGCCUAAAUCAGAUGAGAAUGAGAUAGCAAGCUCAGAAGCUCUGCAUGAUACACCUUCUGAUAAUAGCUUCAUCAAUGGUGAUGUUAUUGGUGAAUUUAUGGUUGAAGGAAGAUCCACAUCAUCUGCAUGGAAGAUGGUGUUGGAAACCCUAAUUUGUGCAAGCCAUCAUGCCUUUCAAGAUCUGAGUGUUGUAAGCUUUCACUGUAACCAUAAUGAUAACAGGCAACAGUUUUAUGGUUCAUAUGGUGUUGAUUCGUUGGACAAAUUUGGUUGUUUGACUUUGACUAGUGGUUCUGUUGACCGCAUCCCGGACUUGAUUUUGACCACAGAGCAACUUGAAGCUUCUUGUAUGGUGAUACGGAGAUGGUUGGAAAUGGAUAGAUUUGGUUUGGAUGCAGAGUUUGUACAAGAACUCAUACAACAGCUUCCUGGAGUUGGUGCUUGUUCAGAAUAUAAAUAUUUGGAUGCCAGAUGUCAAAAUUCGAUUGCACGAACUGUUGGAAGUGGAUUUUUUUCGGUUUUACAUACACAGAGAAUGAUAUCAGAUAGUCUCACAGAAACCUGUAAAAGACUCAGCCCACCUGGCAAUACAAUUACUUCUAACCUUCCUCCAUAUUUAAUUGGGGAUGUUCUACAGGUCUAUGAGUUCUGCUUGCAGUUUCAUAAAGUUCUUGGACAAGAUGCACCUCUCUCUAGACAAAAUCUUGAAAAGGAGCUACUGGAUCCAUGGGUUGAUGGGUUUAACCAACCAAAUAGUCUCACCUCAUGUUCCAGAAUUGCCCCUGAUACAGGCAUGAUGCUCUCAAACUUUCAUAUGACAAUGCUGAAGGUGCUAGUGGAAGAUAUACUAUCAAAAGUUACAAUAUAUGAUCCAUUUGGUGCCAUGGAAUCCAAGUCAAGAAAAGGGAGGAAGAAAAACAUGGACAUAACAGUUUCUAGCAAAAAGGGCAAUCCUGGUAUAUUUCCUAUUAAUGAAAUUACUUGGCCAGAGGUAGCCAGGAGAUACAUUUUGGUUCUGUUAUCCAUGGAUGAUAAUUAUGAAGCUCCGGAUCUCACAAACCGUGAGUUUGAUCAAGUUUUCCAUUGCUUGAAUGGUGAUGGGGGCCCACUUUGUGGUUCUCUUACAGGAAUGGCUGUUAUCGAGGCUGAUGCAAUGAUUCUAGCAGAGGCCUCGAAGAAAAUAUUUUCUUCUGUGAAGAGUAAAAUUGGUGACUUCAUCAUUGACAACGAUCUUGAUGUCAAUGACUCUGUCAAGGAGACAAAAAGAAUUGACAACAAAUGUCCAGAGUGGAUAAAGGUUCUAGAACCUAUAAGAAGACAACCUACAAACGUGGGAGCAAGAAUAAGAAACCGUGUUUUCAAAUCAUUAGAAAAAGAUCCACCAGAAUGGGCGAAAGAGAUGCUGUUAAGAUCCAUAAGUAAAGAUGUCUACAAGGGUAAUGCAUCGGGACCCACAAAGAAAAUUGUUGUAUCGGUUCUUGAUAAAGUGAGAGAUGAAACUCCAUUGACCAAGAAGAAAGUCAAAGAAAGCCGAGUUGUGAGGACAGUAUCUGAUGUGAUCAUAAAAAGGUGUCGUAUGGUGCUACGUGCUGUUGCUGCUGAAGAUGAAAACAAAGCUUUUUUUGGUUUCAUGAAACCAAAUGAAUUUGAUGAUGUUGUCACAGUUGCACGUCGUUUGGAUUUUAGAACAAUUGACCUCAGAUUGGAUGCAGGCUUCUAUGAUCAUUCCCAUCAAUCUUUCAUCGAGGAUGUUCGUGAGGUUUGGGAAAACUUACGAAUAACAUACAGGAACAAACCCAAGUACAUUGACUCCAUAGAAACAAUUUCAAGAAAGCUUGAAGAACUAUACAAACAAGAGGUACUUACAUUGGUGAGCAAAACCAUGGAUUAUGGCAACAAUCCGUUUGAAGAAACAAAAAAAGAGCUAAACAUGAUGAUCAUAGACACAAUUUCAAGCACACUUUUCAUUGCACCAUGGGAAGAUGGGAUUUGCAGAGUAUGUGGAAAAGACGAAAAUGACCAUAUUUUGCUUUUAUGUGAUCGAUGUGAUGCAGAGUAUCAUACUUACUGCUUAGAUCCCCCUCUUCAAAGGGUUCCAAAAGCAAGUUGGUAUUGCCCUCCUUGUAUUUCUUUCAUUACAAGUCAAACCAUGUCACGUGAAGAUGAUCAUCAUCAUUUAAAUCAUGGGCCCACAAAGAAGAAAAGUCAAAGAGAGUUUACUCGAAUUGGUUUAGAGGAACUUGCGGAUUUAGCAGAUGCCAUGGAGUCGAUGGAGUAUUGGGAACUUGGUGUUAAAGAGAGGGUUUUCCUUGUACAGUUUUUGUGUGAUGAGUCUUUGAGUUCAACUGUGAUUCAAAAUCACAUGAGUGCAGAUGGUUGUUGCAAUUUUCAAAAAAACUUUUUGGGCCGGGAUUCAGAUGGAAGACUUUAUUGGGCUCUGGGUAGGCCCGAAAGGGUAUUUAUGUCCGGCCCACACAGUGUAGGUGAACUGUGUGAAACUUCUUCUUCUUGUGCAUGGGUUUGCUAUGAAUCAGAUGGUGAAAUUGAGGCUCUGCUUGAAUGGCUGGAAGAUGAUGAUGCAAAAGAGAAACAACUGAAAGAAAACAUUAAGAAAUGGCAAAGAAACAAAUCAAAUGAUUUAAAUGAUGAUGAUCACAGUGUUGGUCAAGUUGCAGUUCAGUUGAGGUCAUCGGUUCAUGCGAGGGCAGAAUUGGAAAAGAAAUUUGGGGAAAUAUUCCGGUGUGAUUGCUUGGAAUUAGUGGGACCUACUCGACACCAUUGUUUUUCAUGCCACUCUACAUUUUCAACUAACGAGCCGGCUCAUCAGUGUGAGGCCAAGGGUAUAAUUGGAAAAAACCUGUCUGAAGUUGAUGGGGGUAUAAUGGGAAAUAACCGCUUGUCUUUAGCAACAGUAGCUGGGAAAGCUUAUGAAAUUCUUCAAUUUCUUAAAAUAAUUUUACUGGAUAUUGAAGCUGCUCUUCCGGAUGAAGCUUUUAGACCUUCAAGAAAAGACCCCAUCAGGCUACGAAUUUGGCGGGCGUUUCUGAAAUCAGCUAAAUCAAUUUAUGAGAUGGUUGAAGCAACUAUUAUCUUAGAGGACAUGAUUAAAACAGAGUACUUAAGAAAGGAAUGGAGGUAUUGGUCAUCACCUUCAGCUGCUGCUAAAAUCUCAACCAUUUCAGCUCUUGCCCUACAAAUUUACGCCCUUGAUGCCGCCAUAUUUUAUGAGAAGCCGCCACCUCUGCCGCCAGUGGACCUGCCGGAAUCCCUAACGCCGGGGAAUUUGGAGUCAAAGGAGGAAAUUCCUACAAAGUCAAACUUGAAGAGCAUCCGAAAAUCAGGCAGCUUAACAAUAGAAUUAGUAAUGCCGGGGAAUUCCGAGUCAAAGGAAGAAACCCCCAAAAAGUCAAAGUUGAAAAGAAGCCCAACAAUGGAAUUAGUAAUGCCAGGGAAUUCUGAGGAGGCAAAGGAAGAAACUCCCAAAAAGUCAAAGAUGAAGGACAAGUGGAAGUCAAACAGCCCAACAAUGGAAUUAGUAAUGCCAGGGAAUUCUGAGUCAAAGGAAGAAACUCCCAAAAAGUCAAAGAUGAAGGACAAGUGGAAGUCAAGCAGCCCAACAAUGGAAUUAGUAAUGCCAGGGAAUUCUGAGGAGGCAAAGGAAGAAACUCCCAAAAAGUCAAAGAUGAAGAGCAACUGGAAGUCAAGCAGCUCAAAAAUGGUGACAAUAUUAGAUGAGUCAGAACCCAUCAAGAAUUUUAUACCCAAAAGCAGAUCAAGGAAGGAGGAACUUGAUGUUUUUAACUUUAGUGAUUAAGAAUUUAAUGGUUUUAUUUAGUGUUGUACAUUUUUCAAGCCCCUGUUCUAGAUACAACCUAGAAGCACAAAAGACCCUUUAAUCCUUGAUUGUUGUUGUGUGUUAAUCUACUUUUGUAUUGCUUCUUUCUGAGGGGUGUUAAUUAAUAGUUAUGAUGAGUUUAAUUAGGAG